AUGCUCAAUUUUGCGGAACUCUCGCAAGCACAAGCUGGAGAUCAGGAGCUGCAGCACGUUCUUACAAGCGCUACCACUUCUCUGAAACUCCGCAAGCUCACGCUGGGACCGGAGAACUUAGAGAUCUACUGCGACGUCUCGCAGAACGACAUCAGGCCUUACGUGCCGGAAACAUUCCGGAGGCAAGUUUUCGACCUCACUCAUUCGCUUUCUCAUCCUUCAGGUCGCGCCACCACCAAGAUCAUCUCGCAACGCUACGUGUGGCCUUCUAUGUCAAAAGACAUAACCAGAUGGGCCAGCGCCUGCGAGCAUUGUCAACGCUCUAAGAUUGGUCGGCACGUGCACUUGCAGCCCAAGACGUUUCUAAAUCCGGAUCAGCGCUUCGAUCAUGUCCAUAUAGAUUUGGUGGGCUCGCUGCCACCUUGCCAGGGCUACACCUACCUACUGACAUUGGUGGAUCGCUUCACCCGCUGGUCGGAGGCCAUUCCUCUCAGAAACAUCACGGCCGCGAACGUAGCCACGCACUUCUACAGCAGCUGGAUCGCACGUUUUGGCUGUCCAAAGUUCAUCACUACAGACAGAGGCUCGCAAUUUGAAUCUGCUCUCUUCAACGCUCUCGCUCAACUGCUGGGAGGUAAGCGCAUCAGGACGAUGCCCUACCACCCUGCUCCAAACGGCAUCCUGGAGCGCUGGCAUCGUGUCCUGAAGACAGCUCUGCGCUGUCACGACUCUCAGGACUGGCUAGAGAAUCUUCCGACGGUACUUUUGGGAGAGUUCUUCAUAGAUGAACAGCAUCCGGAGGACCACGCCUUCUUCUUAGCUCCUUUCAAAACGCACAUGCAGCAACUCAGACCUGUGCCGGCUUCCCACCAUUGCAAACAGAACACCUUUGUCUACAAGUCUCUCUACACCUCGUCGCAUGUCUAUUUGAGAAAUCAUGCAAAGAAGCACACUCUCAACCAGGCAUACUCUGGCCCUCACAAGGUCAUCCAGAGGAUCGACGACAGAGUUUUUCAAAUCGACAUUAACGGUUGUUCAGCCAACGUCAGCGUGGAGAAUCUAAAACCAGCUUUCUUGCUUCGCGAGGAGCUCUCGGCGACGCCUCCAGCCUCUACGCUCGACUCCGGUGGCUCUUCCUCUCCGGUAACACGGCAAGCUCCUUCGCAGCGCCUUUCGCAACAAAGCUCUGCUUCCACCACUGAGGCAGAGCGACCUACUCUCUCACCUGCGGCGCCUCAGCCUUCUCCUAUACGGCAGCAGACCCUGCUCUCGCAUCACAACGCGGUCUCUCCGCAGGCAACCCAGCAACAGCAGCAGCACUUUACCUCGGUUGCUCCUCCGGCAGAUAGAAAAACGAAGUUUGUACCGUCUAUUCUCAAGAAAAAAACCAGCACAAAUGUCAGUGCGGUGCAAGCUCCGAUCAAACAUGUUCGCUUCAAUCUUAAGAGAAGACUUUUGUGA